AUGACUCCAGUUCUGGACGAUCCCUUCCAUAGGUGAUCGGCAUUGAUCGCUUGAUUUGUUUGCCUGCUGUUCCGGUGCCUCAGUAUACCGUCGGCUCCGAAGAAGUGCGGUUGAAAAAAGUGUUUCAGAGUGUGCCCAUUGGAUCGAGACGAACCUUCGACCUACCAAAUGCAGUUGGCACUAGUGGCAAUCGCGAUCGCUGUUGCGGUUGCGAAUGCUCAAUCGAUCGAUAAGAUUUACUUUCCCGAAAAUGAAACCUCCAUUCUAGAAUUCGCCAAUAGGGCAAGCAUAGACGAGAUAGUGACACCCGAUCCUCUAGGGCCGAAUACACCAACACUCUCUCCGAUGACGCUUAUCACCGCUCAGGGGGGUACUUGUACCUGUGUUCCAUAUUUCAUGUGCAGACCGGAGCCCGAAUUCGCGGACCAAAAUAAAUUCAAUGAGAUUGAUGUGAACUACAAUCCAGAAACAUGUCAGGACGUCUUGGAUGUCUGUUGUCGUCCCGAAGAUUCGCUUGUUGUACCAAUGAACAAUACACCUGGCACAGUGCCUCCCGGAAGACCGAGAGGGUGUGGUUUGAGAAACAUUGGAGGAAUCGACUUUACCUUGACAGGAAAUUUCAAUAAUGAGGCUGGAUUCGGUGAAUUUCCCUGGACUGUUGCUAUUCUUAAGACGGCCGAUGGCUCGAGCCAUUGUGGAGGAUCCCUGAUUCAUCCGAAUUUGGUGCUCACAGGUGCUCACUGUGUACAGGGUUAUCGCAGGGGGGACCUGAUGAUUCGCGCUGGUGAAUGGGACACGCAGACUACCAAGGAACGGCUACCGUUUCAGGAGCGGCUUGUGAGCCGAAUAAAUAGCCACCCUGAUUUUAAUCCACGUUCGUUGGCAUUUGAUGUUGCGAUUUUAGAGCUCGAAUCACCCGUUGCACUCUCCGAUCACAUCAGCGUGGCGUGUCUGCCGCCGACUGGUUACGAUUCAAGGCGCACCAGUUGUUUCGCCAGCGGUUGGGGCAAGAAUCAAUUCGGAAAAGCUGGCCGAUACAGUGUUAUCAUGAAGAAGGUUCCUCUGCCGUUGGUGGAUUCGUCAACCUGUGAGCGUCAGUUGCAGAGCACUCGGCUCACUAGGCGCUUCAGACUGCACCAGAGCUUCAUUUGUGCAGGCGGAGAGCAAGGAGUUGACACUUGCGAGGGAGAUGGAGGUGCCCCAUUGGUUUGUCCAGUUGGCAAUGAUGGUGACAACCGCUACAUUCAGGUGGGAACCGUGGCCUGGGGUAUUGGAUGUCAUGAGCGGAUUCCGGGCGUAUAUGCCAGUGUUAUAACGUUCAAGCCAUGGAUUGACAAUAUUGUUAGAACUCUUGGAUUCGAUACUUCUGUGUACGAUCCUAAUCUGUCCCAAUUCUCCGGUGUGUUUAAAUAAAGAUAACUGCCAGUGAAGUCAAAUAAAAUAAAA